UUUUUAAAUGGGUAAUUUUCAUUCAGUUAGCCCUUCGGUUAAAGUCACUAAGGAAGAAACAAUCCUGAAUGAUAAUCUUUGAAAAGCUCUUGAGAAGACAUAUGCGCCAGUCCAUCCAUCUAGACUUCGUCGAGGUAGAAAUAAAAUCUACACCCAAUUGACCUCCUUAUUCGCCUAAUCACUACAACGAAGGUCUAAACUCUAUUCACUUGCCUCUGAACAAACCUGAAUGGUGCAGGAAGAAAGCCAAAUUGAAGAAAAAUUUUGAAGUUAAGGAUUUAAAGAUUUUGUACUUGACUCGGAAACGGAAUGGGCUGAGUGAUAUAGGGUACUUUUUAAGAGGUGUAUGCCAAGCCAUGGCUAGGACUACAAGUCAAGUUACAUUGGAUUGUUUUAACUUAUCUCAUAAAUCAUUUGUCAGAAUUUGUGUAUCUGCUCGCAAGAAUGUAGUUCUUAAGUUCCAAUGGUGUCAGAUAACUAUUGGAAAUCUUGAGAGACUUUAUAGAGAUCAUGAGAUAUUUAAGGAAGGACAAUCUAUGAUUACACUCUCAAAGUUAAAUUUAGAAAAAUGCCAGAUUUUAAGAGAAAUUUUUAGCGAAUCUGGUAGAAUUAUCUCUUCACAGGACAUUCAUGUUUUUGUUGAUGAAUUAUGUAAGACUGUAUUGGCACAAUCUCUCAUAGAGAUUGCAGUAAAACCUCCUAGCCAUUUAUCAGAUAAUCAUAGAAUGGCUCCAAGAAAAGAAUAUAUGAUUGGGAGUAUCAAAGUAUUGGCAUAUUAA